AAAUCCAAAUCGCUAGUGUGCGAUGAGACUCACAGGGUUGCAGAUCCCCAACUCCACUUGCAUCGCCAAAUUCGCCACCACCGUCGCCGGUGCCGGCACUGCCGCCUCCGCCUCUUUUGUCCGUCCACCUCGCCCCUGUCAAGUUAGAAUUUCAACCCCGCUCUCUUUCCGUUAUAUUUACCACUCCCUGUCUCCUACGCUUCGCACGAAGAAGCCUCUGCUGGGAGGUUACAAGAUACUUGUUUGUGCUGAGAAAAGUAGCACUCCUGUUGUCCAGCAAUAUACGUUCAUGGGAUCUUCAAAGGAACCACAGGAAUACAAUUCCAAUCUUUACCCUCACAUAGAGCCUUAUAGUACUGGGUUCUUAAAAGUCUCAGAUAUCCACACAUUGUACUGGGAACAAUCAGGAAAUCCAAAUGGUCAUCCUGUUGUGUUCCUUCAUGGUGGACCAGGAGCUGGAACAUCGGCCAGCAAUAGACGAUUCUUUGACCCAGAAUUUUAUAGGAUUAUCUUGUUAGAUCAGAGAGGUGCAGGUAAAAGUACGCCUCAUGCUUGCUUAGUUGAUAAUACAACUUGGGAUUUGAUUGGUGACAUUGAAAAACUAAGGGAGCAUUUAGGGAUACCAGAAUGGCAGGUUUUUGGUGGGUCAUGGGGAAGCACAUUGGCACUCGCUUACAGCCAAUUACAUCCAGACAAGGUCACUGGUAUUAUUCUUAGAGGUAUCUUCUUACUAAGGAAGAAAGAGCUUGAUUGGUUUUAUGAGGGUGGUGCAGCAGCCAUAUUCCCAGAUGCAUGGGAACCGUUCAGAGAUUUCAUUCCUGAAGAAGAAAGGGAUAAUUUCAUUCUGGCAUAUAACAAGAGGCUUAAUUCGGAUGACUUAGAUGUACAGAUUAAGGCUGCGAAAAUUUGGACUACAUGGGAAUUGAUGACUGCCCAUCUUCUACAAAAUCAAGAGAAUGUCAAAAGGGGUGAAGAUGACAUUUUCUCAUUGGCAUUUGCACGGAUUGAGAAUCACUAUUUUAUAAACAAGGGAUUCCUUCCCUCUGGUUCAUACAUAUUAGAUAAUGUGGAUAAGAUCCGUCAUAUUAGGACUGUUAUCGUACAGGGUAGGUAUGAUGUUUGCUGCCCGAUGAUGUCUGCAUGGGAUCUCCAUAAAGCAUGGCCUGAAGCAGAAUUCAAGGUAAUUCCCGAUGCUGGUCAUUCUGCUAAUGAACCUGGAAUUGCUGCUGCCUUAGUCGCAGCCAAUGAAAAGUUCAAAAAUCUAAUUCGAUCAGGUGCACCUUGAGACUUGUAACUGAUACUACUAAACUUUCCUCCAAACUUUUAUCGCUUUACUUAUGUUCAUGGGUGUGGAUGCAUCAUUCGGUGCACUUUGCUAAACCAGAAAUUGCAAAAAUUAUAUACCAAAACUGGUUCAAAAGAAAAAGCUCAA